AAGUAAUGGACAAUCUGACUGAAAAAAAUUUAUAAAUGACCUCUGGAAUCUGGAUUCAUAUUAUGUCGUUUUCUAUGAGCUAUACAUCUCAAUAAGAAAAUCUUCUCAUCUUCGUGGUCUAGAGUAAGAGAAUAUUGCAGGAAUAAAGAUGUUUUAAGCCCAAGACUUUCUUAUCGGCAAUACUUUCAUAGCAACAUACUUCGCUUGACUAAUGAGACGUAAAUAUCUAAAAGAUCACAAGCAAAACCGCUCUUAUCACAAACGCACCAACUAUACCAAAGUUAAUAGUAAGAAGAAAUGACCCAACCGCAACAAUGUUUAGUUUAUUACAAGCGUUGAACUGAAGCAGAUCUUUAGUGUACACCACAGGAUGAACAACGCGCAGUUACUAUUAUUGAUUUGCACUAUAUUAGCGCCAAUCGGGCUGGUACCGGUAACGGAUGCUGCGCGCAUACUCGGCUUCUUUUCGACCGGCACCAAAUCACAUUUGCUCAUACACUGCAGCAUUGCCGAACAGCUGGCCCGCGCUGGUCACGAGGUAACCAUAAUUGGCAUUACCGAAAAUGUUUACCCGAAUGCUACCUACAAACACAUAAGACUACAGCUCAGCGAUGUCAGCGAGAAGUAUACGAAAACUUUGUUCGAUGUGGUUAAUGGACGUAUGUCCUUUCUGAAGACCGUCACAGUGAGAAUGCGUCAAUAUAUGAACAGAGCGGAUGAGAUCAUGCGGCAUCCAUGGAUGCGUGAGUUUUUGCGUAACAGUCGUGCCGGCGAUUACGAUUUGUUACUCUUUGGUUUCCUUAUGAACGAGUACCAAAUUGGUUUAGCUGCACAUUUCCGUUGUCCCAUUGUCAUGACGUGGGUGAUACAGCCAGCUCUACAAAUCCAUCGAUUUGUAGGAAAUCCCCAACAGUUAUCGUACGUACCGUCAUUUAUCAGUGCUUUCAAGCAGCCUAUGAAUUUUAUGGAACGAGUAAACAACUUUUUGGUGACGCAAUUUGAGCAAAACAUGUUAGUGCCCUAUUUGGAUUACAACACACAAAAGUUAUAUGACGCUCAGUUGUCAUUUGUACGUUGGAACGAGUAGAACGUGUAGAACGUAGUACAAUUUGCAUUCGUCAUGUUGCCUUUA